AUGACGCCCUCUGCAGGCUACCUCUACACUGUGGCGACGACGCCGACGCCACAACACCACACCCAUGCAUCCCACACGCCGACCAACUUCCUCGCAGGAUUUCCCUCUGAUCAUGCGGCCUACCACCCGCAAGGGCCGGCAUACGCUGGAACCAGCGCUUGCGCCCGAAUGAGCUACUCGUAUGCUUCUUCCAGUGCCGCCCCAUUACCCAUCUACCCGGUGGCACCGCCAGACUAUCGAGUGCUUCCCCAUAAAACCCAGCAGGGCGCGACGACUUGGGCAACAGCAUCGACGCCCACCAUGGCGAUCACAAUCCCUCAGUGCAACCGACUUGCUCCCACCGCGACCAGCCCGACGUCGGAGGAUCCCUCGCGCAACGAUGGCGAUGGGUCAGAACGAGGCGAAGAUCGGACGCCGCCGUCUGGCGCGAGCCGCUCGAAGGAAUCCAAGAAGAAGAUACAUCCGUGUUGGAUGUGCCACAAGAGUUUCGACAGGCCUAGUACCUUGAAGAAGCACCUUCUCGUACACACGGGAGAGAAAGCCUUUGCGUGCGAAAGCUGUGGGCGACGCUUCGGGGUCGCCUCGAAUCUCAACCGACACGCGAAGACAUGUCGUGUCGCACACGCCGCCACCGCAGGCCCGGGAACGCCCGCUGCGGAUGAUCCCUCCAGCGAGACCGCUUCGGGCACUUCCCAGUCCCAGGCGACGUCCACUGCUACGUCCCCCGUCUCCGCGCGGGGCUCGUCCGAUGCGAGCGUAGGACCGCCUGGCCCAUCCGACACAGCUAUCUCCACCACCAACGCCACCCGCCGCCCAGCUCGGAAGCGCAGGACUAGCGAGGACGACGUGGCGUCGCCCGAGUCCGCCACAGGAAGCACACCAGAAGCCCGUCCGCGUACGAGGAAGCGGGCCCGCCGCGCCCCCUCUCCCUCCGAUUGGGUCCCAGACAGCCUGCGGCUCUUCGACCUCACGCCCAUGACGAAAAGCACGCCUGUCCCGCUCCCUCCCGUGCGUCCGUUCAACGACACAUACAACCAGGAGGAGCGCGACUCAUUUGAUGAAAACGCAUCGUUAACUCCCUACCACCCGCAGGGCUGGAAGGGCCGCCUCCCUGGCCCAGGCCUGCUUGGGAACAACGUCGCGAACCGGAGUGGCGGACAGAUUCUGAUCUUCUAA